AUGUCGCUCUCCUCCGCUUCCAGCACUCUGCUGCGCACCUGCGCUCGCCAGCAGCUGCCCACCGCUCGCGCCUCCGUCGCCUCCUGCCAGCGGAGGGGAGUCGCCGAUGCGAAGUCCUCGUUCGAAAGCCCCUUCGCCAGCGCCAACGAGCGUGGCUCGACCCUGAAGAUCCCCAAUUUCAGCAAAUACUCCUCCGGCAACUCGCCUCGCUCCAACCAGGUCUUCUCCUACUUCAUGGCCGGCUCCCUCGGCCUGGCCACCGCGGUCGGUGCCAAGGCUACCGUGCAGGACUUCCUCGUCAACAUGUCCGCCUCCGCCGAUGUUCUGGCCCAGGCCAAGGUUGAGCUUUCUCUUGGUGCCAUCCCCGAGGGCAAGAACGUCAUCAUCAAGUGGCGUGGCAAGCCCGUCUUCAUCCGUCACCGCACCCAGGAUGAAAUCAGCGAGGCCCGUGAUGCCAAGUGGGAGGGUCUGCGUGAUCCCCAGGCCGACGAGGACCGUGUGCAGCGCCCCGAGUGGCUGGUCAUGCUUGGUGUCUGCACCCACCUUGGUUGUGUCCCCAUCGGUGAGGCCGGCGACUUUGGCGGCUGGUUCUGCCCUUGCCACGGUUCCCACUACGACAUCUCGGGCCGUAUAAGAAAGGGCCCUGCUCCUCUGAACCUGGAGGUGCCCCAAUACAGCUUCCCUGAGGACGAGGUCCUCGUGAUCGGUUAA